AUGUCGGAAAAAGCGACAGCGACUUCCCGGCCAUGCUCUUCUGGGCGUACAGCGCCUCCUUCUGGGACCAAUGGUAAGGCCAAAUUACAGACGACUAUCCUGCUUGUGAACAAUAUUCACUGCGCAUCCUGUGUGGCAUAUGCCAAAGAAGUGAUAUAUCACUUGCCCCAUAUCAUAUGUAUUGAUAUUUCGAUUCUCAAACACGAGGUUCAUGUCUCACACACGCCUGAGCUGCCAGUAUCGGAUCUGGUGAGCGCCUUAACAGACGCCGCUUUCGAAGUAUUUCAUGCCUCUACUCAGGAUGCGUCUGGUAUCAGGACUGGUGAUAUGGCGCUCGACAUUUCGCCCUGGAAUACAGGCUCCUGGUUGCGUCCAUCUUCCAGGGCUUCAGUCAGCACGAUGGAAACGCGCGCCCGAGAUAGAAAAAGGCGGCAUAUAGCAAACUGUGAGGCUUGCAGGCUAGAGGUUGAGAAGCCCAGCUCGUCGACCGAAAAGCCAUUGUUGCUCGGAUUAGAACAGCAAAAACAGGAGACUUUCGAACCUUCUGUAGAGUCUCUUUCGGCUACCACCAAAGAGAUUCUGCCCUGGCCCGCUGCAGACCCUCGGCGCGAUUGCCCAGAGUUUGCUGCCCAAAUUAGCAUUAACGGGAUGAGCUGCGCAUCUUGUGUUAACACAGUAACGGAACAGCUGAAAGAGUUGGAUUUCGUCAAAUCUGUUACCGUCAACCUCCUCACCCAUAGUGCCACUGUGACUUUCUACGGGUCACAGAGCAACGCCGACAAGCUCGCAGAGCGGAUAGAAGAAAUUGGGUACGGAGCCAGCGUUGAAGAAGUGAUCCUUAACCCACAACAACAAGACCGCUAUGUGGCACGUUUGAGCAUCUCUGGAAUGACUUGUGGCUCCUGCGUGGGAACGAUCACAAGUGGUCUUAAAGCCCUACCCUUUGUAAGUGACGCAACAGUUGACCUACUGGGUCAUGCUGGGAGGAUUGAAUUCAAUGGGAAAUUGAAUAUUCAGCAAAUUGUCGACCACAUCAAAGACCUUGGAUAUACUACCACCAUCAUUGACUGCCAGCCGCUAACUAUCGCCAACAAUGAAGAAAGUGGCCCGGCUACGCGAACUCUAGGCGUUAGGGUAGAUGGGAUGUUUUGUCAUCACUGUCCGCAAACUGUUUUGGAUGCUCUAGAAGGAAUGGUAGAGGGAAAUAUUCAGAUCAAGGAUAAGAUUACGAUUCAACGACCUAUUGUCACAAUUCAGUACACUCCGGAUUCGCCGAGAAUGACCAUUCGCAACGUCAUAGCCGCCAUUGAAGCCUCCAAUAACACUUUUAAAGCCACAAUCUAUCAUCCACCCUCUAUCGAAGACCGGUCUCGUGCAAUGCAAAGAAAGGAGCAGUACCGCCUAUUGCUGCGGCUUUUGUUCACCUUUUUUGUUGCAAUACCAACCUUUUUAAUCGGAGUUGUUUGGAUGGCUAUUGUUCCAAAAUCGAACCCAAUUCGAAGGUAUCUGGAGGAGCCGACAUGGUCUGGCUCUGCAUCACGUUUAGAGUGGGCUUUGCUCAUCAUAACUACCCCUGUGAUGUUUUUCGGCACAGAUGUUUUCCAUAUUCGUGCUUUCAAGGAGAUACGGGCCCUAUGGAGAAGGAACAGCCGGGUUCCUAUCCUUCGGCGCUUCUACCGGUUUGGAAGCAUGAACAUGCUGAUCUCUGCGGGAACGUCUGUGGCGUACAUGGCUUCUCUAGCAGUCUUGAUUAUGAACGCGAAAAAUAAGAAGCACGAGGCUGGCCAUACAUCUACCUACUUUGACACAGUAGUCUUCUUAACUUUGUUCAUCUUGGCGGGUAGAGUUCUGGAGGGGUAUAGCAAAGCUAAGACUGGAGAUGCUGUUGCUAUGCUAGGCAAUUUGCGGCCUUCCGAGGCACUUCUCGUGGUGGAAUCGCCUUCUGUUGGUGAGGACCAUGAUGCUACAUUAACUGUACAGCGUGUAUCUGUUGACCUCCUUGAGCUCAAUGAUACAGUUAAUGUUCCACAUGGUGCCUCUCCGCCUGCUGAUGGCAUAGUUAUUGGUACAGAGACAUACAAAUUUGACGAGAGCUCCUUGACAGGAGAGUCCAUGCCUGUGCAGAAAGUCAAGGGUGAUAAAGUCUACUCUGGCUCUGUGAACGUCGGGCAGCCUGUGUCAAUUCGAAUAACAGAUCUCGGCAGCACAUCUAUGCUAGAUCAAAUCGUGGCAGUCGUUCGGGAAGGUCAAGCUAAAAGAGCACCUGUUGAGAGGGUGGCCGAUGUGAUGACUGGCUAUUUCGUUCCUCUCAUUACUCUUAUCGCCAUUCUUACUUUUGUCACCUGGGUUGGUCUAGGUGUGUCUGGCAGACUCCCUCCAAGUUACCUCGACACCAACCAAGGAGGAUGGGCCUUUUGGGCCUUGCAGUUUGCUAUCGCCGUCUUUGUUGUUGCUUGUCCGUGUGGCCUCGCACUGGCCGCUCCAACUGCUUUGUUUGUCGGCGGUGGCCUUGCUGCGAAGCGUGGCAUUUUGGUGCGAGGUGGCGGGGAGGCCUUUCAAGAGGCAAGUCGGUUGAAUGCGAUUGUAUUUGACAAAACUGGCACUUUGACAGAAGGUGGCACUCUGAAGGUGGCCGAACAUGAAGUUCUCGUUAAGAGCCAAAAGUUGGAAGAGGUGGCCUGGGCGGUUGCCAAAUCCUUGGAGGAGAGCAGUACUCACCCUAUUGCUCGGGCUAUAGCUGAUUUUUGCAAUGACCGUUCUUCAGCUUCUAUUCUGUCAUCUUCUAUCACUGAAAUUGGUGGCCAAGGCAUGAAGGGAAUUUUCAGCGUCUCUACAAAGGACUGCCAGGGUGUCUUUACGGAAUAUGAAGCUGCAAUUGGCAAUCAACGGCUUCUGGACUCACUCGAUAUGACGGAUGACGAUCCGUACUACUUGAAUAAUAUUCUCUCCAAAUACCAAUCCGCUGGACGCUCUACGGCAAUCCUUUCUAUCCGAAGAGUCUCAGACAUGGAAAAAUUUGUUCCUCUUAUAAUAUUCGCCACUGCUGAUCCUAUUCGUGCGGAAGCUAUUGACGUUAUCUCCCAGCUUAGGGCCAAUAACAUAGAUGUGUACAUGUGCACUGGCGACAACACUGUCACAGCCCGCGCUGUAGCAUCCUCUCUUGGCAUCCCCAUCACUCACGUCGUGUCCAAUGUCCUACCUACUCAAAAGGCAGAAUAUAUCAGCAGAAUCAAACAAAAUACCCUUCUGAACCAGCCAAAUACUGUUCCCAAGGGCCAAAAGAGCAUCGUGGGCUUUGUUGGUGAUGGCACAAACGACUCUCCUGCUCUCGCCGCCGCAGAUGUCAGCAUCGCUAUGGCAUCUGGUUCAGAUGUCGCCGUCAAUUCUGCGGGGUUCAUCUUGCUGAACUCUGACUUGAGAACUAUUCUCGAACUUUGUACCCUCAGUCGACGAGUCUUCAGGCGUGUAAAAUGGAACUUUAUGUGGGCUGCUGUGUAUAACGUUUGCCUUAUCCCUGUUGCUGCAGGCGUAUUUUAUCCCAUUGUUACUGGCAAGACGACUGGCCCGCAUGGAAUGAUUAUGGAUACCCAUUGGCGCCUAGACCCCGUGUGGGCGGCGCUAGCAAUGGCUCUCAGCAGCUUGUCCGUUGUGAUGAGCAGUCUGGCACUGAAAUUGGAGUGGAAGGUAUUUAGGCAGUGGGCUGUCAAGACGAUGGGAUUGAAACGUUAA